UUCCAUAUACGGCAGGAGCGUUCUUAAAGGGAGCUCGCUUUAUAAAUUCAGAUUAAGAGAGUUUACGCGAUCAAUCUGCUGGACUAUUAAUAUUUUCCGAAAUGGGAAUAGCCGAUGAGGCUGACCGGACUUUAUUUGUCGGGAACUUGGACCCACAAGUAACAGAAGAACUUAUAUUCGAGCUGUUUGUACAGGCUGGGCCACUAACCAAAGUCAAAAUCCCAAAAGACAACGAUGGAAAAUCAAAACAGUUUGCAUUUGUAAACUUCAAGCACGAGAUCUCUGUGCCCUAUGCUUUACAUUUGCUGAACGGUAUUCGUCUGUUUGGAAGGCAACUAAACAUACAGUUCAGAUCCGGAAGCAGUCAUAUUAAUCAGGAGGGGAAAAGUCCAGCAAACUCUCAAAACCCCAGUCCAGCAAAUACACCUGGUCACCGUGGUGGAAGAACCCCAGAGCAGACGGGCUCUCCAUCCUACUCCCCUCCACAACGUCUGCAAAAGUCUUUUUCAUCACCUGACAGCUUACAGAGACAUGCAAUGGUUAACAGUAUGUGGCAACUUCAGAUGCAGCAGUUGCAACACCUAAAUGGGUCCUUCCAGAUGGGCGUUCAGCAGUUAAGAGGUGGUGCUGGAGGAGUAGACAGUAACCCCCAGCAACAGGAUUGGGUGGGUCAGCAUGGUCGUCGUCACUCACAUCAGGAAAAUAGCAGCCAUCAUGGACGAGAUCAACGGCACGGUAGCGCCGGGAGCAAUCACGAUCGCCAUCGUCGUGAUGGUCAGCGGGGUGAAUACUACCACCACGAAGAUCGUAGUGGAGGCCGCAACAGAAACCACACCCCUGAAAGAUGGAGAGACUCAAGAGACGGGUCUAGAGGAGGACGAUGGAAUCGGUUUUAAAAAAUUAACUUAUGUAUUUUAGUUUUCCUGUAGACUUUUUUUUAAAUCAAUUGUUUUAAUGAACCCAAUUCUCUCCCUAGAUUUUUUUAAAAAUUAUUUUUGUUUACUUAAGAUCAGGCUUCAGUUAUAUAAAAAAAGGUACCUGACAACUAUAAGGAAAAGAAUCACUGUGCAGAUCAGAAAUGCAAGAAAAAAUAUAGAACAAGUAAUUAACUUGCCAUUUUGUACACUGGCCAUUUAAAAAACAAUAUAAUCUCAGGGAGAAACUUUUGUUUAUAUAUUUUUAUAAUUUCCUUUCUAGGAAAUUUCUGUAUUUUCAAUGCCACAAUAACUUCACAAUUUAAUACGCUACAAAUUUGUCUAGAAAUAAUCUUAGUUUUCCAGUUGGGCAUUUCUUAGAAUUUCACUUUGACAAAUAGUAAACUAGUUUGUUAUAACAAGUGCUUUGUCUUGAUGUACAAGUUUUUUUCAAAACUUUUUUACUUAAAACAUUCCUCUUUUGAGGGCACUUUUCAAAUUUGCUCUUCCUCAAGACUGCCAUGGAACAAUUAGUUUUUAAUAAAAACGUUUUUGUCAUGUAUAACUGCACCAACUGUUCAUUUUCAUAAAAGUUACAGUUUUCAAA